AAGCGGACCGAAAGCUUGUACGCGCCGUCGAGGAGUCGCUGCCGACCCAAGCACCCCCCAACCCCCUUCCCAAACAGCCCCCCUCAACCCCAUGGAGCUUCUGCUGUGGGCCCCGCUGGUGGGGCUGUGGUGCGGGCUGUGCGUGGCGUCUGGGGAGAGGCACACCGUUUUCUGGAACAGCACCAACUCCAAGUUUCAGAAGGGGGAUUAUGCCGUGGAAGUGCGCUUGAAUGACUACCUGGACAUCAUCUGCCCGCAUUACGAGGAGGCCGGCGUCCCACUGCGCACCAUGGAACGCUACACAUUAUACCUGGUGGAGCAAGAAGAAUACGAGACCUGUAAACCGCAAUCCAAGGAGCAGAUCCGCUGGGAGUGCAACCGGCCGGACGCCCUACAUGGCCCUGAGCGCUUCUCGGAGAAAUUCCAACGCUUCACGCCCUUCACGCUGGGCAAGGAGUUUCGGGAAGGUCAUAACUACUAUUAUAUCUCAAAACCUAUUCAUCACCAUGGAGACACUUGCCUCAAAUUGAAGGUGAUGGUGGCCGGGAAAAAUGCUCGGACACUGCCCGGCCACAGCCCCACUCAGAAGGGGAGACUGCAGUCAGACGACCCUGAUGCCCCGAUGCUGCGUAGCAUAGGGCAGAAUUCAGCCCCCCGGCCCUGCAGCCCUUUCACCUUCCUCAGCCUCCUGUUGCCGCUGUUUAUGGCCCGCGGACCCUGAUGGAGUCUUCUCCCCAUCUGAGCCGCGAGUGAGGGGGAGGGGGAGAACGUUGGCCCCGGGCAGGGCGGCGGAGAUGCGACUCACGCGCCCGUCACUCUUCCCCCAAAAGCUCCGGACUGGUCGGUGUUAGCGGGCCGAGCACCGAGAUCGAAUCAUCGGUAGCCCGUUGGCAUCACAGGGACCACGGAGACGCGGAGCACUUUGGAAUGACGUGGAUGGUGUCCCAAUUUGGCAGAUAAGCCCCCCACGGACUAAUGUGGACUAGGUGGGGGGUUUGUUCAACUCCCCGGCGAGGAACUGGACACGCUGGGUGGACCCGGAUGGGCCACGGAGGCCAUGGCGCUGAGCAUCCUGCAGGCUGGAGAUGCUUGGAAUACAAUGUGCCACGCUGGUGGAACUGACAGCCUCUUGGAGUGGCACGAGGCACUGCAACCACUGGCUACCUUGGACUGUGUACAGUGUGAAUAAUUUAUCGGACAAUAAACAGGCAGGGCCUGGAUUUGGGGGGAUGCCCCCCUCUUGUGUACCCCUUUCUGAAUCCCUCUGCCCAGCUAAAGUACAGGGGAUUGCUUCCUUAGACCCCAAAAAACAACUGGGAAGCCGGUUGGUUUCAAACCAGGCCUCGAAAGCUCAGAAGAAAGGCCAUGUUGGAUCAACCCAAAGAUCUCUCUCGUCCAGUAUCCUGCUUCCGAUGGUGGUCAGCCAGAUGCGGCUGGGAAUCCACAGUGGCCAUGCAGCAUCUUGUUUUCAGCAUCUUGUAUUCAGAGGUAGACCAUCUCUUCUCAUGGAAGGUCCACUUAGCUGUGGAAAGCUAACAAUAGGGAUACACAACCUGGUGCCCUCCAGAUGUUUUGGACUACAACUCCCAUAACCUCUGACAUUUGGCUGACUGGAGUUGAUGGAAGUGGUAGUCCAAAACAUCUGGAGGGCACUAAGUUCUUCCUCACUGGCUAACAGUAGCUUUUUCCGGACCUUCCGAAAUCUUCGAGAGCUGCCAAGUCCGGAACCUCCCUGAGUUAUCAUAACCAGGCCUUUCCCUUUCGGUGCUGGGGUGUGCAGCUACUUAACCUGUCCUUUCAGGUAUCAUAGGAGGGGGCAUCCAUUUAGGAGAAUUACAAAAGGCGAUGCAUUAUUUCUUCAUAAGGACAGAGAAGAUAUUAUGUCACAAGGACAGAAUGAAUUGAUGGCCAAAGGACCCCUGAACACAAAAAAUUAAGGGGAGGAGAGGGAAUAAUCCUUAAAGCUUUAUAUUAUUGGUUGUUGUUUUUUAUACAGAAUAAAUAACUCAAAAUGAAUUUGCUGUGUUGCCCUCUUAUGUCACGCUGCAGGAAUUUAUGCAGCCUUCUUAGAACCUGAGAUGUAGGGGGCGGAGC